ACGAGAGCACGAGGCUUGCAAGGCAAAAUCACCGGUCGAAGUAAACGGCUUCUUGGCGAAGAAAAAAUAAAAAAAAGGGAAGGAGAAAGCACCGAUCGACCCAUUUGUCGCCGUCAUCGCCUUCGAAGGAAAUAAAGCGGCAGUGAAGGAGGUUGCGAGAGCUUGCUUGGAGAGAUUUGAGAGGGAUAGAGGUAUGGGGGCGGAGGGGAAGAGCUUGAAUAUUUCUUCCGUCGUUAAGGAGGCAGCUGCCAACGACGGUGGAGGAACGAGUAGCGGCAGCGGAAAGGACGCGACGUCCUUGAUCCCUUCGUCGUCCAUUUCCAUAGACAUAUCACUCCCGGUUCCGGAGAUGAAGCCCGGGAUCAUUGAAUUGUGCAAGGAUCUUUUUGGAAAAUGGUCAUCUCUGGAUGAUUCACAUUUUUCAGUAGAGAGAGUUUCAGGCGGCAUUACAAACCUCUUGCUUAAGGUUGCUGUGAAAGAAGCCAGUUCAGAUUAUGUUUUUCUAACAGUUAGGUUGUAUGGGCCAAAUACUGAUUUAGUUAUUGACCGCAAACGAGAGUUGCAGGCCCUACCAUUUAUAUCAGCUGCAGGUUUUGGUGCUGAAUUGCUAGGAUUAUUUGCAAAUGGCAUGAUCCAGUCAUUCAUUACUGCUCGUACUCUUUCACCAUCAGAUAUGAGCGAGCCCAAAAUAUCCACCGAAAUCGCAUGCCAACUUCGCAAGUUCCACCAGGUGAAAGUAGCAGGUUCUAGAGAACCACAGUUGUGGAGUGAUAUCUUUAAGUUCCUUAAACAAGCUGAGGCAUUAGAGUUUGAUGACAAGGAGAAGCAGGCCAAGUUUAAAACCAUCUCUUUCAAAGAAAUCCGUGAUGAAUUGAAUGCACUUAAGAACCUAACUGACCGUUUAGAUGCUCCUGUGGUUUUCGCUCACAAUGAUUUACUCUCUGGUAAUUUGAUGCGAAAUGAUGAAGAAGAGAAACUCUACCUCAUUGAUUUUGAAUACGGUUCAUACAGCUACAGAGGCUACGAUAUUGCAAACCACUUCAAUGAAUAUGCUGGUUAUGACUGUGAUUAUAGCUUGUAUCCUGACAGAGAAGCUCAGUAUCUUUUCCUCAGAAAUUAUCUCGAGCCAGAGAGGCCGCAUGAGGCUGAUGGCAAGGUCGUUGAAGCCCUCUAUGUUGAAACUAAUACCUUCAGGUUGGCAUCUCACCUUUACUGGGCUCUGUGGGCUAUCAUACAGGCGAAAGUGUCACCUAUUGAUUUUGAUUACCUUUCCUACUUCUUUCUUCGCUAUGAUGAGUAUAAGAAACAGAAGGAGGACUGCUUUUCAAUUGCAAAUGAAUACAUCUCCACUGGUUCGAUCAACGGCUAGCAUCUAUCUAUAGGUAAAGGAAUACGUCUUCUUUGUAAUUUGUAUAGUAUGAUUUUCUUUUUUAACAGAAAGGAUGGACUGUUUGUUUGCAUUUCAAAUCUUUUCUUCCCGUUUAUUCUGACUGAAUGUGUAAUUAGUAUUAAGGGGUUUAUAAGUAAAUAAUCAUGCUAAUCUUAAUAAAGAGCUGGAAAUGAACUUGGUCAAAUUUGAGUUGA